CCGAGGCUACUUCUAGAAACGCCAGACAGUUUUGAUUGCGUCGCUAAAACGUCUUAUCGCUAUGUUUUCGUGCAGCCGUCUUCUAAAGGUUGUUGUCUGGCUUUUCUGCUUUAUUCGCACGGGCGACUUGGAGAGUGCAGCUUCCGCAGCAGUUUGCGAAGCUACUUGGAGACCAUUCAACAAUUCUUGCUACAAAGUGUUCACUGGACCUUUAACAUGGGUUUCAGCUCGCAUCUCUUGUUUAACUAUUCAAGCCGAUUUGGCAUCAAUAAGCAGCAGUGAUGAGAACCAAUUUUUAUCUAAUUUGUCUGACCAGCGUGUUUGGAUUGGUCUGAAUAAAUUCGUACCCGUACCGGCACAAGAAAAUAGUUAUGUUUGGUCUGAUUCUACACCAGUAUCGUUCGAGACUCACAUCAGGGAGUUACCCGGUGGUGAACAGGAUGUUAUAGCAAUGGAUGGUGCGCGUGCAAAUGAAGGAAACUGGACUUAUACUUUGUGUAAUGAUUCACUUCCUUACAUCUGUGAAAAAGGAUACCAAUGCAGCAAUUUAAGUCAACCAUUGAAUGGCAUUUUACAUCCGCAUAAUACCACAAUAGGUGCUAAAGCUUACUUUAGCUGCAAUGGUGGUUAUAGCCUGCAUGGUGACUCGAUUCUUGAAUGUCAAUCAAAUUCUUUGUGGAAUGCUAGUACACCUACUUGCAGAGAAUGCAGCAAUUUAAGUCAACCAUUGAAUGGCAUUCUACGUCCGCAUAAUACCACAAUAGGUGCUAAAGCUUACUUUAGCUGCAAUGGUGGUUAUAGCCUGCAUGGUGACUCGAUUCUUGAAUGUCAAUCAAAUUCUCUGUGGAAUGCGAGUACACCUACUUGCAGAGGAUACCAAUGCAGCAAUUUAAGUCAACCAUUGAAUGGCAUUCUACAUCCGCAUAAUACCACAAUAGGUGCUAAAGCUAACUUUAGCUGCAAUAGUGGUUAUAGCCUGCAUGGUGACUCGAUUCUUGAAUGUCAAUCAAAUUCUCUGUGGAAUGCGAGUACACCUACUUGCAGAGAAAUUGUUUCUGUUUCUAAACUAGAAGAUAAAGUGAAUGGUCUUACUGCUGAAAACUUCACAUCAAAAGUAGCGGAAUCUAUUGUGUUUGACUUGGCAUCGACAACUGAAGGAAAGACCUUGAAUACCAGUGAAUUGGGAACAGCCAACGAUGUAUUGAAAAAAUUGGUUGAUGUACAAGAAGAAGCUUUAGAGCAGGGGCGAGAAGUUAAUACCCCAGAUACCUAUAUUAAUACAUUUGUUAGAUCUUCAAGCAUUCUUAUUAAUGAAUCAAAUCGAGACUCUUGGCUUAGUGCUACCCAAUCUUCUGGUGCUCCUUCUCUCUUGCAAACCAUGGAAACGUUUUCUCGUGUGGCUGCUUUCACAAACAACCUCAAGACUGGACAAAGCAUCAGCUUUUCAUCUGACAACAUUGAUAUGGCAAUCAGUGCUGAAUCACUAGAAACUGUUAAAGACAUCACUUUUCCUGAUGAACAGUAUAGUACAAACAUAACUUCUUAUGGUGUUGAUAUACCUUCAAAGACAUUAACAACUGUUCUUAAUGAAAAUCAUGCUGACAGAGUUGUGGUGUCACUAAUCUCACUAAAGAACAUACAAGACUACAUGCCACCUGAAACAACAGAUUCUGAUAAUCCUGAGGAGUCAGUUCAGGCACUGCGGAGCACCGCAAAUGCUGCAAUUCCUAAAGCCAAUAUCAUAUCAGCUUUGUUAGUUGUGAAAUCUAACGAUACAAAGUACAGUCGUGACUAUCAAUCAUUUGACUUCAAUGAGACAGAUGCAGUGCACAUAAACUAUACAUUAAAGGUAGAAGAAAGCAAUUACAAUCCAAAAUGUGUAUUUUGGCAGUUUGCUAAUGACUCAAAUUCUGGACAGUGGUCUGAAGAAGGACUUACAACUAAGAGACUAAACAAUGAAACUGUGUUGUGUACAAGUACACAUUUGACAAGCUUUUGUGUUCUUGUGGCUGUAGAGGAGGCAACAACUGAUGCUGCUCUCUCGUACAUCACCUACAUUGGAUUAGGCAUUUCUCUUGUUUGUUUACUUGUGACUCUUAUUAGCUUUGUGUACUUCCGGAAACAUCUUCACUCGGAAAGGAAUUUUAUCAACAUUAAUUUUGUUAUAGCCCUUAUAUUGGCUGUGAUUUCAUUUAUUGCUGGCAUUGAUCAGGCUGAUAAUAAAGCAACGUGUAAAGCUAUGACAAUUGUCAUGCACUACUUGUUUCUUGCUGUGUUCUGUUGGAUGCUGUGCGAAGCCAUUCUUUUAUAUCGUUUUGUGGUUGUUGUAUUUGACUCUGGAGAGACACACAUGAAGAAAUACUUUGCAUUGGGUUGGGGUGUGCCAAUGGCCAUUGUUGCUGUUGCUGUUGCAAUAAAAUCCAAAGAAUAUGGGAGCUAUCACUACUGUUUUCUUACUCGUCAUGGAGGACUGAUUUAUGCAUUUAUUGGACCAAUGAGUGUCAUAGUUCUUUUUAAUCUAGGAGUGUUUGUGACUGUAUUGAAGAUUAUGUUAUCUCACAAUCAGAAUUCUCUGCAUCAUGAUGAUGGCACAAAGACUCGAAUGAAAGCAGUCAGGUCUGGUUUAAAAGCUAUGGGAGUGUUGUUGCCAGUGUUGGGAUUGACUUGGGUUGUUGGUGUAUUUGCUGUUGAUACCUUAUCUCGUCCAUUGGCUUAUGCAUUUACUAUAUUGAAUUCCCUGCAGGGAUUAUUUGUGUUUGUAUUUCAUUGCUUGCUCAGUGCCCCGGUGAGAAAAGGUUUUAAAUUUAAGAGACAGCAACGAGCAGCUCGAAAAGCAGUAAUGGUUUCAACUUUAGGUACUAAUAGCACACAAUUUACGGCAAAUACUUCAGAUACUCCACCAUGGAACAACAAGACUCAUUCUGGAGGCAAGAAAGGUGUACAGUCUGCAUCUUCAAAUUUGGUUUUUGGGAAUGACAAGAAUCCUGAGAGUUUCGCAUUGUCUAUCCUAGAUGAGUCAGCAGCAGACAUGAGCACAACUGCCUGAUACAGUUCAUGAAAUAUGGUGAUCUACUUGAAGAAUGAAGCAAUAACAUGUCUACCAGAAAUUUAUUAGUGGACAAGUGUUACUGGUGUAUGCUCAUGUAGUUUCCUCUUUAUAUAGCUAGAACUGUGGAAUUCUUGUCUCACAACUUUACUCUUAAUUUGUAGUGAUAAUGUAGACCACGCUGUUGCGGGAGGAUCGAUUUGUAGAUUGGUAUAAUGGUAUAUGUAUGCUUUACAAGUACAGUCGAUUUUAGUGAAUACAUUUCUGUUAAU